AUGUUUGAUGAUUGGAGGCCAGUCUUGGCCAACAUAGCAAUGUAUUCCAGCUGCGGCUUGUGUGCUUGUGGAGACUCACUCGGGUCCCGUCUCUGUGCUCGAGCUGUGGACAUAGUUCUGCUAUUGUUGUCUGACUCUCGUGACCGCACUCGGAUACGAUUUGGGCGCAAUUCCCCGCACACAGUGCGCGUGUGCACAAGGGCCCGCUUCUGCUCCUGCUCGUCGUCCCACUCCUCGUCCCUUUGGGGACUGACUUGGGGCAGCGCUGCUCGAGGUGGUUCCGCCUGUUCGGGUGCCCGUGGGCAGCCCUGUGGGAUGCCCAGCCAUGACGUGCACGUCCACAUCGACGUCGAGUUCUGUGGGAAGACGUAUGCGAACGCCAAUUUUGUGCAGGGCAGCACCGUGGAGGCCGCGUACCUGCGAUGGGUGCCCGCCUUCGGCGUACACAAGAACCCUGGGCGGAAGGCCUCUAUCCACAUGUCGCUGCUGGACGCGGCGGGUGGAGCCAUGGAGGUCCACGCCUCCACCAAGUUCCCCGCUGCCGCGGAGCGCGUGGUGUUCUGGUCGAGCGGCGGCUGGGCCAAGGGCUGCUCGAUCUGCUCGCUGCUCGGCGGCGGUGCGGCGGCGGCGGCCUCGCCGACCGCAAUCGGGCCCGCCGCCGAGCAGGCCGAGCUCCUGCUCUUCCACCGUGCCGAGCCUGCGCCAGCAGAGGCGGGACCCGAGCGCCAGAGGCGGCCCAGGGGCCGCAGGAAGAAGGACGGCGCCCCGCCCGCUGGCGCCGAGGCUGGCGCCGAGGCCGGCGCCGAGGCCGGCGCCGAGGCCGACGAGGACGAGGCGGCGCCGUCCGAGGACUUGGCGGCUGGUGCGGAGGACGACGUGCCCGCGGUUGCUGCGGCAGUUGAAUCAUCAGUUGGUGUCACGGCCCGGAGUGGCCAGAGGAGGUUCCGUCCACCGACGAGGCGGGCGCCGCCAAGGAGCCGCAGAAGCCUCCUGGGCACUGCGCCGCGGAGUCAGGGAGCCUCUGCCGGCCGCCGCCCGCGGCAUGGCGCGUGCAGAGCGAGCACAGCAGAUCCAUCGAAUUCGAGGACGAGGACGGCACCGACCUGCACGAGGUGGUUGAGCAGCUUGCGGGCGUGGUGCGCAACCUGGCAGCCACCGUACGGGAGACGUCUGCGAACGUGGCGAGGUUGA